UAUUUAUUAAGAAACACGAGCCUGCAAACAACUAUGCUAAUAAACUCUUUGAUACGCAGUCUCAGCUUCAGACAACUAAGCCAAAUCCAAGCCCAGUUGGUAAAAUCAACCAAUCCUUACAUCUUGAACUUGCUUCUGGGUUCUCUCACCCGCUCAUCCAACCCAGCAAGUGCCAUUUUCGUCUACAACCAUAUGCUCCGCCACCCCACUUCCCACAACCACUUCACCUUCACCCAUGCCCUCAAAGCUUGCUGCUUGCUGCAUGCCACCCAAAAGGGUCUCGAAAUCCAUGCCCACGCCCUCAAAUCCGGUUAUCUUUCUGAUGUGUUCAUCCAAAACUCCCUGAUCCAUUUCUAUGUUCUUGGCAAUGACAUUCUUAAUGCGUGUAAGGUUUUUGAUGAAAUAGUUUGUCCUGAUAUUGUUUCCUGGACAUCAAUCAUUUCUGGGCUCUCUAAGUGUGGCUUUCAAGAGAGAGCCAUUCUUUGGUUUUUGGCUAUGGACGUGGAGCCCAAUGCUACCACCCUUGUGAGUGUUGUAUCCGCGUGUUGCGGUAUGGGAUUUAUCAAGCUUGGUAAAGCCGUUCAUGGGUAUGCCUUGAAAUUUUUGGGUGAAUAUAACGUUGUUUUGGACAAUGCACUGCUGGAUAUCUAUGUAAAAUAUGGGUCUUUGAGAAGCGCUCACCAUCUGUUUGUGAAUAUGCCUAAGAGAGAUGUGGUUUCUUGGACUACUAUGGUGGGUGGUUAUGCACAGAGAGGACUUUGUGAAGAGGCCAUUGGGUUUUUCCAGGAGAUGCUGCAAAGAGGGGAAGCUGAGCCUAAUGAGGCCACUCUAAUCAAUGUAUUAUCGGUAUGUUCUUCACUUUGUGCCCUGAGUUUGGGUCGGUGGGUGCAUUCAUACGUGAGGACUCGACAUGAUCUUACCCUGGAUGGUAGUGUGGGGAAUGCUUUGAUUAACAUGUACGCCAAGUGUGGUGAUAUGGGCAUGGCGAUACAGGUAUUUAACAAGCUUAUGACCAAGGAUGUAGUGUCAUGGAGUACUCUUAUUAGUGGAAUGGCUAUGAAUGGACUCGGUUUGCAAGCUUUGCAGCUCUUCUCACUGAUGCUAGUUCAUGGGGUACCUCCUGAUGAUGUAACCUUUGUUGGCUUGUUGUCUGCUUGCAGUCAUGGGAGGAUGGUUGAUCAGGGGUUGGUGUUAUUCAAAGCUAUGACUGAUGUCUAUGGAAUUGUUCCCCAAAUGCAGCAUUAUGCUUCUAUUGUCGAUAUGUAUGGUCGAGCAGGUCUGCUGAGGGAAGCUGAGGCUUUCAUAACAAAAGUGCCCGUGGUAGCAGAUGGAACAGUUUGGGGAGCAUUGCUUAAUGCCUGUAGAAUUCAUGGGAACGAGGAGAUGUCCGGGCAGAUCACCCGCUGCCUUCCAGAAACUGAAGGUGUCAGCAUUGGUACCUAUGCUCUACUGUCUAACACAUAUGCUAGUUCCAUGAGGUGGGAAGAUGCUAAUGAGGUUCGAGAUGCAAUGAGAAGUAUGGCCUUGAAGAAAAUGGCUGGAUGUAGCUGGGUUGAUGCUGCUGCAUCCAUCCAAAGGCAUGAUGACUUUGUUGAUUACAUUGCUAACCCUGCGAAGUAAUGUGUAUUCUUCUUGUAGCUUUUAGCCAUAGCACAUCACAUGUCUGUAUUCUAACAUUCUUCAUAUACAGUACUUGUCAGGAAAAGCAAACGAAUUGCUGAUUCAUUUAUUAUUUGAUCACAAUAAUUAAUAAUGAUUUAGUAGAAUAAAAGUCUAGGGGAUACAUUGUCUCCCA